AUGGUGCUCGUCGCUUAUUCAGAGUCUGAAGACUCGGAGGAUGAGAAGCCUCAAGCGCCGGCGAAGAAAGACAUCCCGGCAUCCAGCACCAAACCUGACAACAAGUUCAUAGUCGACAAAUCGAAUCCCAGGAAGAUAAAGGUCAAUCUACAGGAGGUCAACACCGAGAUUACCACGAAUGGAGAUCCGGAUGGGGAGCCGGCUCCAAAAAGACCGAAGAUAGGUGGAGGCUUCAGUGGCUUUAAUUCUAUGCUACCUGCGCCCAAGAGGGAUACACAAACUGCAAAUGGGACAAAACCUGGUGCAAACGGGACAGCGAGAAGGGUGUUCAGUCUGAAAACAGGAGCAGAACCAGGCUUCAGCAGGGAGUCGGAUGCUGAGUUGAAAGAGCUAUUUGCAGAGCAGGCUACGAAUCCACUUGGGGCUCAGAUUGGUGGUAAAAUUGGUGAUGGAAGUGAGAACUCUGAUACAGACAGAAGGUUGACGCUAUCUCAACCCUCUGCAAGUCCUCUUCUAGGGCAGGGCAAUGCGAUAAUGUUCAAGCCUCUGUCAGUGGCGAGAAAUACGAAGAAGAAAAAACCAGCACCAAAGAGUUCCGCGUCGUCCACAGCUGCCCAGGAACAGUCCAGCAAGCCCGCGCCUGGGCCUGAAUUGCAAGCCUCCGCAGCAGCACCGAAAGUGAAAUUGUUCUCUAUAGGGAAUGCAGAUGUGUCAUCUGAUGCUGCCAAUAUCCAGCAGUCAGAAUAUGAGCCACUCGUCUACCAAGGUGCAGCACUAGAGGACGCGUUUGAUCGCCCGAGUGACGAGACCGAAGUCACAACAAUACCUCUCGACAAUACUACCACAACUGAUACUGCUGAGGCCUCUACCCAAUCCCUCGACUCAAUAGCCACAGACCUCAAUCUCUCCGCUUCAGCCAAGCGCCAACUUCUCGGACGGAACCACAAAGACGCUUCCAAGAUCUCCCCAUCCAUCAUCAACUUCAAUACCGACCACGAAUAUGCUGCAAACGAAGCUCUUCGUGCCUCUGGCGAGCAAGUCCUGCAUAACCCGGUCAGAGCCAUUGCCCCAGGCAAGCAUAGUUUGAAGCAGCUUGUCAGUGCCGCGAGUGGACAGAAGGAAGCGCUGGAGGAGAGUUUUGCGAGUGGUAGAAGGAAUAAGAAGGAAGCUGGAGGGAGGUAUGGCUGGUGA